AUGCAGCAAACCAACAUCGUCGUCGAAACGGAAACACAAAUCCCAUUGGGAUGGCGUGAGAGGUUGAGUCCGUCCAAGCUUAACUCCAUACCGGGCCGAUACAAUUUACCACGAAUGUUCAGCCGAUCCUCAAAAUCCACGAAGACGACGCCGAAACAAAUGCGCGAACCCAUGACCACAAAGAGUAUUGCGGCUUUGCAAACCUCUUUCAAAAUCACAGACUCGUUCCAGCAGUUAAGAACAAGAAAGUGGAGUGUAUUCGAUGUACAAUAUGUCGUUCUGGCCGGUUUAACAUUAACCUCAAUAUGGAUCAUUGAGCCUUCUGCGCCUUUUAUAAAGACGGCCGCCGCCUUGGGAUAUCUUUCACUCCUUCUCAUGCCCGCCACAAGACAAUUCUUUCUCCCGUCCUGGCCAAUAUGGACUUAUUUACUAUAUUUCUUUUCCAGCCGAUUUAUUCCCUUUGACAUUCGGCCAGGUAUCUUCGUAAAAGUCUUACCAGCCUUAGAAGAUAUUUUAUACGGAACGAACUUUUCCGAAAUAUUCUCAUCAUGGAAUCAUCCCGUGUUGGACGUAAUUGCUUGGUUUCCAUAUGGUCUCGGUCACUUUGGACUUCCUGCUAUCUGCUCUGCAAUAAUGUUUAUCUUUGCUGCUCCCGGAACGGUUCCAAUGUUCGCUAAGAGCUUUGGAUGGAUGAGCGCCCUCGGCGUUACGAUUCAGCUUUUGUUCCCCUGCACUCCCCCGUGGUACGAGCGGAUGCACGGUCUUGAGCCCGCCAAAUACGGAAUGCAAGGUUCCCCGGCGGGUCUUGCACGAAUUGAUGCGCUUUUUGGUGUCGACAUGUAUACGACUAGCUUCACAACAGCACCCGUACCUUUCGGAGCUUUCCCGAGUCUUCACGCCGCCGACGCGAUUCUCGAGGCUUUAUUCAUAAGCCAUUGCUUCCCUAAAUUAAAGGGCCUCUGCAUAUUUUACGUUACCUGGAUUUGCUGGGCGACAAUGUACCUAAAUCACCAUUACGCCGUUGAUUUACUCGGAGGUGCUAUAAUUGCUUACACGAUCUUCUUCGUGGUACGGAAAUUUUGGUUACCACGACUACAAGCUGGGAAGAAAUAUAGAUGGGAAUAUGAAUACGUAGAAGUGGGAGACAUGAAGAAGAACAAGGCAUUGGAUGAGGAACUUGGAUACGGUCCGGUCGCGUCGGGCAAGAGGAGCAUAGACUGGCAAGAUGAAUUCACCGUCAUGGACAGUUUUAUGCAUUCGAGAUCGUCUAGUGGGAGCUCCAGCCCUUGGUCUUCACGAAGCGAUAGGAGUAACAGAAGGGAUGAUUGA